ACAUUCGGAAACACUUCUAUCAAACACCAGUAUCCGAAAAUGUACCGGAAGGAGGUACUGUACAUAUGCAUUGCUCACCACCAGAAGGUGAACCCAAAGUUGAGGUAUUUUGGAUAAAAGAUGGAAAAGAGAUUGAACGACAAACAGAUUCAAAUAUGAUUAUUGCCAAUGAUGGUUCAUUGAUCAUUUCCGCUGCCCAUUUGUCCGAUUCUGGUAAUUAUACUUGCGAAGCACGAAAUAUUGCUAACAAACGCUUUUCGGAUCCUGCGCAAAUUACUGUUUACGAACAGAAAACUGUGAAGUUAUGGCUUUUCUGA